CUUGCAGGCAUGUGGCGCAAAAUCAAAGUGUGUGGUAUUCGCAAUAACGUAACUACGGUUUGCUGAUCCUAUGAACAUUCUUUAUUCGUUAUAUAUUGUUCAUAAUUUCUAUAUUCCUUCUAAAUUCUGCGUGCAGUCAGAAUAAUCAUACCCAUGGGUAUUUUUAUACAAACAUUAACUGGUUUGUCUUUCGAGUUGAUUGUUUCCCCGACUGAAACGAUCCUGUCAGUCAAAUUCAAAAUCCAGGGAGCCAAAGAUUAUUCUGUGUACUUAUUCACCAGAUAUGAUGGCUCCAGUUCUUCGUGUCCGUCUGCUGGUUAUUUUAUUAUUUUGUGUUCUACAGUCACCUUGAUUUUCUGUUGUUCCGUUACUUGGUUUCGGCAAAUGUAUUCCCGUAGAUCGGCAACACCUGAUUUGGCGAAAUUGCGAACUUGGUAAUCACUAUUGCUUGGGAGAUUACUUCAUAUCUGAGGGUUCUACGUUGUACCUGGUUUUAAGUCUUCGAGAUGGUCCACUUAAUGCGCAGAAAACCCCACCACAGCAUCUGACACCUAUUCAUUUAUCAAAAACCACUAUGCCUCCCCUCACUUCAAUGUCUAACUCUACCUGUAGCAACAGUUUCGUACAUUCAAACAUCUUAACUUCAAAGGUGAAACCAAGUAUAGUACAAUCACGAAACACUGAGUUGGGAGAACGUUCCGAUAUGAUUUUGGGAACAUCUAAACAAACUGGCGCGGACUGUCGCAAAAUAGACGAAACAAAAAUGUGUACUGCGUUAACAAGCAGUCGUGCAUGGGAAUCAAAACCUCUUGUUCCUUUGGUAGAUGCUCGGCCAGAAUCUAACAGAGUUUCCUCUUCUGUGGCACCGAAAACCGUGAACGUCAAUUUCACAGAUAUUUCUCACAGCUCUGUUAAUAUGGAAAAUUCAUCAAAUUCUGAGUUAGGCGGGCGAAAUUCCAACAUCAUUGAUAAAAGUCCUCCAAAUUUGGAAGUGAUUGCUAGAAUAAGUUCGCUGAAUGAAAACAUUACAGAUGCUGCUCAUAUUUCCACUCAAAAUAAUAGUUUAUCCUCUUUUGAGAAAGAUUCAACAAAUGCCUUAACUGCAGAAUCAAGUGUCUUGGUAGCCAUGGCAGUUUACAAUGAUUCAAUUGUUAUUCCUCACUCCUCGAAUUUAUCUCCAUUUUUGCCAUCAAUUCAUUGUUCUGAAUUCUAUUCUGCAUCAAAUCAGGAAAAUCUUCCAUCUAGUUGGGAUUCAUAUAAUACUUAUAAUAUUCCUUCUGUCUUACACAAACGGGAUCAAGAAUCAGAGAAUUCUUUAACCAUCAGUGAUUUUGAAGAAAAUAAAAUAAACUUAGAAAGAGUGCUUAAAGGACACAAGGUCAGUAGUGUUGACGACCUUGAUAAUUGUAGCAAUACGGAAGCAACUGAACUCGCAACAGAAAAUAUCCUUGCUAGUCUCCUUGCUAGGAUUGUUCCUAAUCAAACACAUACUGACUACUCUGAUAGGUCGCGUUAUCUGUACCAUUUAUUCAGAAAAGCAUCUUCCCCACUGGAAAAAAAUGAACAAAAUCUUCUCAAAAAUUCCGGAUAUAUUGACAGUGAAUGGUCCGAAAAAAAAUUUGAUUCAGUUACUCCUAUCACUUUUGAAGCGGAUACUGAUCGGGAUGAAAAUGAAUUAGGUUUGGAUGAUGACAGUAGGAGAUCUACCUCUUGCGGCUUAAAUGAUGAUGGUAGUCUAACUGAUUUGGAAGACUAUUUAUUCUAUUGUCCGACAGAUAAUCCUAGUCUACCGUUCGUAUCUACUGAUUAUCAAUCAUAUUCCAACUGUACCAUUCACAGUUCUUGUGGAGUUAACAAUUGGCACUAUGGUAGUAGUUGCGGAACUUUGCAGACUGUAAUUAAUGGAUUUCAUAAUGUCAACCAAGCUGAAUAUUCUGCUUGGCAUCAAGAGUGCGAUAAGCUGGCAGAAAAAGUAAAACGUUUGAAGACUCAAAUGGAAAAUGUUCGCCUAAGGAAGCAAAGCCGAUUUCAAAAUGCGCAAACUACUGAAUAUCCUAUAUGUAAAGAAGAAAAUUCAGCUAAAGAUCAAUCUCACGAUAUUACCAACUGGGAAAAAAACUCCAAGCAAGUUACUGCUGAAUCAUGUAAUCUUUCAUGGACAAACACACAGACUAACAGAAAUCAUUUAUCACAUCUAACUUCGUCAUUGAGUUGUUUGAAAGAUGCGUCUCAUUUUCCAAAGUAUAUUGUCAACAGGUCGCUGCAGACUGACACUAAAAAUCGGAAUCAUCAACGUCGCAAUGCUACUGUCACCCCUCCCGAUGUUAACCGCCUCAUCACUACAGCCGAUCCACAGAUUAAUGAUUCUGAACCGACGAGUACUAUCCUACCCUCUCUGCCCUAUUCAGAGCGUAUUUCAAGAAGUUUAGAGGGUGAUAUUUUUGAGAACUCUUUGUGCCUGGAGCCUUCAAAAUCCAUAACUCAACCUUCGUCUCCCAAUGGAAACCUCACAACAUUAGUGAGCGAUUCAUCACCCAAAGAGUCAGUGUUAUGUAGUGCUUCUGUCAAUCAGCUACAUCCAGUCAAUUUUCAAGAUAAUAAAUCAACAAAACCCGAUAGUUCCAGUCAUAGUACUUCAAUCAGGAAUCGUUCGAUUACUAUGAAAACACCUUCGUCCUCAGCUUCGUUUUUUCCAAGUUUGGGAAGUUCAGUAUUGACAGGUCAGCCGGCCACUAUUAUUCCAACUCGAUUACCUUCAAGAAGAGAUAGUGAGCUAAACACUGCUGUCCAUUUCAGGAGACCAGGCAAUUGUGAUAAGAAACUGCCGAAUCCUACUCCUCCGUACCGCAUAUCUACCGGUUUGACUGAAGAAUCUCGUUCACCUUCAUCCCCUAAUUCGAUCAGACUCAAACGCUGUUCUAUGUGUUUGCGUAAGAUAGGCCUGACGAACAGUUACACAUGUCGUUGUGAUCGUAGUUUCUGUUCUCUGCACCGUUACGCUGAGGUUCAUGCUUGUCAGUACGAUUAUAAAUCAGAAGCACGUCGUUAUAUCAUUGAAUCCAAUCCCGUUGUAACUGCCCCCAAAUUACCAAAAAUCUAAGAAAAGGGAUAUCGAUCGUCAAUGUUUCAGUUCAAAAUAGCGUCUGAUUACUUAUUAGGUUUUUUGUGUCAUUCCAUAUCUUCAUUUUUAUGCACUUACAUUCCCACAAUUUUGUUCUAGUUCUGAUCCGCAUUACUGAUUGUUGAUAUUUUUCAACUUCAUUCAUACAACGUUUCCUUUUUACAUUCCUUGUUGCUCUGAUUGUAAACAAAUCAAUAAUGAUGAUGAUAUUUGUUACUAUCAUUGUUAUUGUUGCUGAUACAUCUUUUCCAGAAUACUGAGGUCAGUUUGUCCAGUUGUUUUUUCGAUUGCAGUCAGCUGGUAAGUUUGCAAAUUAGUAUGUAUAAAAUCACUAUCGACAAUCAUCAUGUUUGCACAUAGAUUUAUUUGUAAUGUCUUCGAGUGCUUGCAAACAAACACAUGUGUGAAUAUCGUUAAUUAUGUACAAACUUCUAAAGAAAGUUUUCAGUGUUUUCAAGUAUGUAAUUUUUCCACUUUUAUUAUAUCCACAUAUUGUUAAAUGCUACCUAUUUCUCUAACGAAACAACAGCUUGUGCAAAUGUAAGUUUGAUGUUUCCAUGAAAUUUUAAUUUAAAGUUCACGCAAAAAUGCUUAUUUCUCGUUGUCGAAAUAUGAUUGUUUGCCUUUCCUAACCCCGCCUUUCUACGUGUACCUUAAUUAUCUGUGUUAUUAUAACUCUUGGUAAAAUAUUUCCCUUCAUAUUGUUUAUGAUAAAGUUCAAUUUUGUCAAGUUGUUUUCACUUUCUUUUUCGGUUAGGUUCAGCUUAUUCUGGUCGUCUUGAGUAAAUGCUGUAAUAUAGGAUGUUCACUUUGUAAACCAUAUCAACCUAUCUCCCUUUUAAAUACAGGUUAUUACAUAUAAAUGCUUGAUAGAUAAAAUAACUGAAGAUCUCA